CGCUAUAUAGCGGGCAUGCGCGCAGUGCUGGGGACCACACGGGGGUGUCGCGGGCUGGUUUGAGGAAGAGCCAAUUGACUGCGCUGCGGGCGGCCGGCGGGGCCUGGCGUGGGAGGCUGUGCGGGGCGCAGGGGCGUCCACCCGAGUUGCAGAUUGAAGCUGUGACUUGACCCACAACGUCUGACAAUAGAAGAUUCAAGAGUCACCCUGAGAUUUGUCACCAUGAAGCCUCACCCAGCCUUUCCAGGCUGCUUUCUGCUGACCUUGCUCUGUCUCUGGACAUCUGCUUCCGAGGUCCACCCUACAGCUUCCGGGACCCCAGGCAUCAGUGCGGCUUCCUUCCUGCAGGAUCUCAUGCAUCGAUAUGGGGCAGGUGACAGUCUCACCCUGCAGCAACUGAAAGCCCUACUCAACCACCUGGAUGUAGGUGUGGGCCGGGACAAUGCUACCCAGCCUGAGCAGGGGCAGAGGAACCUCUCUACGUGCUUUAGUUCUGGAGAUCUCUUUGCUGCCCACAACUUCAGUAACCAGUCAAGGAUUGGAAGGACCGAGUUCCAGGAAUUCUGCCCCACCAUCCUCCAGCAGCUGGACUCCCGAGCCUGCUCCUCUGAGAACCAGGAGAAUGAGGAGAAUGAACAAACAGAAGAGGGCAGGCCCAGCGCGCUUGAAGUGUGGGGCUUUGGUUUCCUCAGUGUCUCACUGAUUAACCUGGCCUCUCUCCUGGGAGUCCUCGUCCUGCCUUGCACGGAGAAGGCGUUUUUCAGCCGUGUGCUCACUUACUUCAUCGCCCUGUCCAUUGGAACGCUGCUUUCUAACGCGCUCUUCCAGCUCAUCCCAGAGGCUUUUGGUUUCAAUCCUCUGGAAGAUUAUUAUGUCUCCAAGUCUGCUGUAGUGUUUGGAGGCUUUUAUCUUUUCUUUUUUACAGAGAAGAUCUUGAAAAUGCUUCUUAAGCAGAAGAAUGAGCAUCAUCAUGGACACAGCCAUUAUGCCUCUGAGACACUUCCUUCCAAGAAGGACCAGGAAGAGGGGGUGACAGAGAAGCUGCAGAAUGGUGAUCUGGACCAUAUGAUCCCUCAGCACUGUAGUAGUGAGCCAGAUGGCAAAGCCUCAGUGAUGGACGAGAAGGUCAUCGUGGGCUCACUCUCUGUCCAGGACCUGCAGGCUUCCCAGAGUGCUUGUUACUGGCUAAAAGGUAUCCGAUACUCUGAUAUUGGCACCCUGGCCUGGAUGAUCACCCUGAGUGAUGGCCUCCACAACUUUAUCGACGGUCUGGCCAUUGGGGCCUCCUUCACCGUGUCUGUCUUCCAAGGCAUCAGCACCUCAGUGGCCAUUCUCUGUGAGGAGUUUCCACAUGAGCUCGGAGACUUUGUUAUCUUGCUCAAUGCAGGAAUGAGCAUCCAGCAGGCCCUCUUCUUCAAUUUUCUUUCUGCCUGCUGCUGUUAUGUGGGUCUGGCCUUUGGCAUCCUGGCUGGCAGCCAUUUCUCUGCCAACUGGAUCUUUGCUCUGGCUGGAGGAAUGUUCUUGUAUAUUGCUCUCGCUGAUAUGUUCCCUGAGAUGAAUGAGGUCUGCCAAGAAGAUGAAAGGCAGGGCAGCGUCCUGGUCCCCUUUGUCAUCCAGAACCUGGGCCUCUUAACUGGGUUCACCAUCAUGCUGCUGCUCACUAUGUAUUCAGGACAGAUCCAGAUCGGUUAGGGCCCUGCCAGGAGCCAGCAGGAUUGGAAGUCGGAGCCUUAGCUACCCCAGUCCCAGCCACAGACUCAGGAUCCAAAAAAGCACCUUGGAAGAGGCAGUCCCAUAAAAACUGACACGGGCUGGAUUCCUGUAUUCAGAUGUCAGCUGUUUUGUAAAUUCUCUGUCCUCAGAAAAAGCUGUCCUGGUAACCGGUCUCUUGGUAGUGCUUCUUUCCCUCUGCCCUCCCUCUUUCUCAGAGUGACUCUGGAGCCCAAAUGCAGCUUAGAAGUCUCCUUCCUCUGGUUACCCUGCCUUUUCUCUCCAAGCCAGCACUACAGUGCAUGAUAGCCAGUGAUCACAACUGACAAAUGUCAACAACUGAAUAUAGGGCUCAUGAUUCUAAAUGUGUAUUCUGGGUCUCAAGAUGUUCCAUUUUAUAUUAGAUUUACUUAUUUUUUAUAGACAUAGAGAAAGAAAGUCCUAUAUUUUCAAAGCCUACUUAGUUGCCUGCUCUCUCAACAAGAACAGCUGAAAAUUGGAACAGAUGAAUAGGACAAGAGAGGUGGGGUUCAUCCUGGGUAAAAGGGUAAGUGUCCCAACCUGGUGGGCACUUGUUCCCACUGGGACCCUGUCUGUGUGGCUCUGCCUGGAAUCAUGACCAGCCAGGUGAGCUAGCACGCAGCUUUAGUUGCCUGAACUCCCCCAUGCAAAAUGGAGGGCAGAGGGCAUGGAGACCUGGGAAUAUCAAUUGGCUUUUCUGUGAUGUCCACACUCCCUCCCUGCACCUCCCACCUCUUGAGAGCUGUGCCUGCCUCCUUAGAAGCACAUUUAGAGCACGUGUGUGUCUUAUGUUGGAGGGGAGACUGCACAACUUUACCUCCUCUGGCCGGCACUCACCCUCAGAAUGGCAGACUGACUUGCUCCUCUUAGAAAAGGCUAAGGCUGUGGCUCAGUGGAAGAACUCAUGGUCACCUAGUUCUGAUACUGGCACCUCUGCCCCACUCCCAUCCCCAUUAAAAUGAUAAUCAGAAGUGCAGGAAGAAUUUAGGAUUCAUUAAGUCUAUAAACAAAAGUACAAAGUUAAUAGAUUUCUGAAAUUUAAGAUGAACUCAGAUUGGGCUCAGAUGUCUGCAAAACAGAGGAGCUAUUGAUGACACUGUCAAGGUUACCCCACACCAUACUACCCCUAACAGGAAAGGGCAAAUCUGCUCUAACUCUUGAGAAAAUGAACUGUAAACUUGUGUGUGUGUGUGUGUGUGUGUGUGUGUGUGUGUGUGUGUGUGUGUGUGUGUGUGUGUGUGUGUGUGUGUGUGUGUGACUGUAGACCGGCCUUGGGCACUGUGGAGCCUGCUCCUCAGACCCCUGGCUCCAGGGGGAGCUGAUCUCCAGGUUCACUAGGUGAAUUGAUUUUAUUAUUAUCAUAUUGAUAAUGUGAGAUUCUUCAGCCACUUUGGGGAGCCUGUCUCUCCAGAAGCCUUUUCUUAGUGGUGCCCAUGGUCACAGCCCUGGGGCUGUUUAUGAACUGGCUGGUGUUGCGUGACUGACACGUGCUGGCUCAUUGCCAACACCUGUGAGCUUUUCUGUUCUCAGAAAAACUUAACACUAUACAGUAAUGAUACAGUAAUUAUAAGCAGCAUCUACUUCCUUGGUUUUGUUUUUCUCUUUGGGCAGUAUCUCUCCCACCAGGAACAUUCUUGACAGUAUCAUGAUCAGGCACCUUGCUGGUAAUGCUUUAUCCAUUUUUUUCUCCUGACCUUGCUCGUUGACCUUUGGUAGAUCUGAGAACGGGCUGGCAAGAAGAAAAGCUUCAGUUAUUAAGAUUCUUGAUGAAAUAUCAGGAUCGACUCCUGUUAAGAUUAUGGGGUUUUUUUUUUUUUUUUUUUUUACCAAAGAACCAAUCGCUUGAAAGUCGGAAUCUAACUUUUUAUGAUGUCUUUGUCUUUAUUAUUGUUGUUACUGUUUGAAAAUAAUUCUGUCUUUUCUGUUUUAUUUUCCCCAAAUUUCUUUCAGAAGCUAGCAGAAAUAACCUUUUAAGAUUUUAGAAGAUUUUUCUUUCCUUAAUUCAGACUGAUGUAUUAAAGUUUAUAAUUUUAGCAUUCCCUAUUAAUCUGUCAUUCCUUACAGUAAAUACUUUUUUGUCAUAGUAGAACACUAUGUUAGAGUUAGUGGGUUUCUAAUUUAGGAGAAAAACUGAAAAAAAAAAAUCAGAAAAUGAGAUAUAAAGUAGUAAGGGGCUUGCCCCUUCCAUGCACAUUUCUAUUACCUUAUGGACUGUUUCUUCAUAGACCUCAGAGAGAAAUUUCUCUUUAAAACACAGUGGCCCCAGAGGCCAGUCCAAGAGAGACAGAAACACACUGUGCAACUGAUUGUCCACUGCCAUUGGCAAGAGAUUUGCUUCAUGAGUUGAAAAUGUGUCAAUUUAUUUUUGACUGUUAAGUGUUGAAUUUGCUGUUUUAAGCAUUUAUAUAUAUUACAAGUCUGUAGAGGAAGGAGAUUGAGGACUUUUCCACCCUUUCAGCCUCUCCCCAGGUGGACUGUCUCAUGCUCACUUUAGCCAGGGAGGAUUAUGUCACCUGUCACAGCACUGACCCAGGAGCAUAGCCUCUGCUGCUCCCCACCACCCAUCCACCUACCCAUAGGAUGCAGGUGGCCAGCUCUCCUCACUCACUAAUGUCACCUGUGUCUAGUGUCCCCUGGGCUUUCUCAUUGGCCUUCACCCUGGAUAUGGAAGAGAAAGCUUCUCUGUUUGGGUUAUUAGAAGACCCAUUUUCAGUAUGUCCUUCCAAAGAGAUAGUAGUAUGCUGGAAAUCUGCUUAAAACCAAUUCAUUGUUUAAUUUUUGUGGAAGAGAGGUUAGGUUUUAUUAUUCAUAUUUUCUUUUACAGUUCAACAGUUCCAUCACAGUAUUUUUUAAAAACUCAGGUGUUAUGAGAAUAAAUUAGAAAAGAAGGUAACUUAUGUGGACUGUAAAUGUUUUAUUUGUAAGAUUCUAUAAAUAAAGCUAUAUUCUCUA